AUGUCCGACUCGAGCGCUACAGGACUCAUCGCUAACAAGGAAGCCCUGCCUGCACCCAGCAGGGACGGAGAGAGACGACCAGGGGGACUGGGUUCAGCCGAUUCCUACACGAGUAGACCUUCGGAUACCGACCUGUCCCUGGAGGAAGACCAGGAGGCGUCUCGGCGUGAAGCCGAGCGCCAGGCUCAGCUGCAGCUGGAGAGGGCCAAGUCCAAACCGGUAGCUUUUGCAGUGAAGACCAACGUGAGUUACUGUGGGGCGCUCGAUGAGGACUGUCCCGUCCAAGGUGCUGCCAUCAACUUUGAAACCAAAGACUUUCUACACAUAAAGGAGAAAUUCAGCAAUGACUGGUGGAUUGGACGGCUGGUGAAGGAGGGAGCCGACAUAACCUUCAUCCCCAGCCCUGUGAAACUGGAGGCCAUGAGAAUCAAGCAGGAGCAGAAACAGGCACAGAGGAAGGCUGGGAACGCCUCGUCCGGCGGCUGGAGAUCCACACCACCACCUUCAGCCAAACAGAAGCAGAAGCAGACGGAGCACUUGCCGCCGUAUGAUGUGGUGCCUUCCAUGCGGCCCGUGGUGCUGGUGGGCCCCUCCCUGAAAGGCUAUGAGGUGACAGACAUGAUGCAGAAAGCCCUGUUUGACUUCCUCAAGCACAGGUUCGAUGGGAGGAUCUCCAUCACGAGGGUCACGGCCGACCUGUCCCUGGCCAAACGGUCGCUGCUGAACAAGAAAGCCAUCAUGGAGAGGUCCAACACGCGCUCCAGCCUGGCUGAGGUUCAGAGUGAGAUAGAGAGGAUCUUUGAGUUGGCUAAGACCCUCCAGCUGGUAGUGCUGGACGCAGACACUAUCAACCACCCUGCCCAGCUCCUCAAGACCUCCCUGGCCCCCAUCAUCGUCUACGUGAAGGUGUCCUCGCCAAAAGUUCUUCACAGGCUCGUCAAAUCUCGAGGGAAGUCUCAAAGCAAGCACUUGAACGUCCAGAUGAUGGCUGGAGACAAACUGGCCCAGUGUCCCCCAGAGAUGUUUGAUGUCAUUCUAGAUGAGAACCAGCUUGAGGAUGCCUGUGAACACCUGGCUGAAUAUCUAGAUAUAUACUGGCGCGCCACUCACCUGCCCUGCUCCGCCCCCCUCAACCCCUUAUUGGACCAAAGCGUGGUCACCCCACCCUCUGCAAACUCCAGUCAGCAGUUCUCUGAGACUCAGGAACUCAUCGAGUGAUCCCUGCUGCCACACACCUGGGAUCAGCGCCCUUGCUAUUGACCGGGGGUCAGUGCACAGGGGACCAUGGGUCAACAGGGGUCACCAGAGGUCACUAGGCCCUCAUCUCAGUGGGCCUUGCCACCAUCUCCACACAGGCCACGCCCUGUCUGUUCCCCAGGAAGCCGAGGAGCGAAGGGGGGGGAGAGAGGGAGAGAAUACCCACAGCCUGGGAGAGAGAAAGAGGGGGGUGGGGGGAACAGUAUGCGGUUGAGUUGGACGGCUGAAAAGAACAAAGAUCCACCAUCACCAGUAAAGAAAUCCCAGGGCGUCUUACCCUGCCAGAGGUCCCUCUGCUCCCCCUCCACACCACGUCUCAGGGCUGCUUCCUGCUGCAGCGCGCCUACUGGUUAGAACUCAGCCAGCGUAGCGACCACCAGCCUGCCCCCUCUUACCACCCUCAUCCCCUACCUCCUCUGUCAGCACCAAGACCCC